AGCCUUUGGGACAAAAUGGAGCACGAAUUCUAUCACUUGCAGCAAGGCAGCUCCUCGGUGGAUGAGUACAUCCACACUUUCACCCGUAUGUGCCUUUUUGCGGGUGAUGCGGUGAACACUGAUACUAAGAAGGCCCAGAAAUUUCUCAAGGGUCUCAACCAGAGGAUCCGUGAGUUGGUGGGAAGUCAUGGACCGAUGUCCUAUGCUGAUACCGUGAGCCGAGCUCAGGAGGUCGAGAGCUGUCUCAUUCCAUUGGCUCCAGUUCCUUCUUAUUAUCAUGCUUCCCAGCCUUCUCAGACAGUUGCUCA